GGCUUUUGCGCGCCGCACGGCUGCCCCUCGCAUCGCUUUGAUCGCUUCGAGGCUGCCCGGGCGCGCACCGCAUCGCUUGGAGGCUGCCGCGUCGCACCGAUGGCGGCGCAGGAGCUCGGGGCCGACGCGGCGGUCGCGUCGGACCUCGCGAGCCAGGCGACGGCGCCGUCGCACGUCCUGGAUUCCGAAUCACAACUCUCGCAACCCUCCGUGCGCUCGACGACGGCGGCGAACGAGCUCGAAGCUGAGGCGGAGCUCGCGGCCGAGCCCGAGCCCGAGCCCGAGCCCGACGAGGCCGCGGCGGAGCCCGACACGUUCGGCGACUUUGAAACGAGCGACGCGCCCUACGUCAUACCGGCCUUCCAGGCGAAGGCCGAGCCCGUCAAAGACGCCGACAAGAAGAAGUGGAAGAGUCAUAACGCGCAGCGCAAGAAAGAAAAAAAGGACCUCAUACCCUUCGAGGUCUGGCUCGCGAACAAGAAGGACCAAGAGGAACGCAAGAAGAAGGCCAAGUUCGUCGCGAUGAUGGGCGGCACGGUCAAGGACUCGCCCGAGAAGCAGCGAGCGCUCCAGCACACGCCCGCGAAGGGCACUCCAGCUUACGCCAAAUUCCUGAAGCUGGGCGGCGACUUCCUGCAAGGCAUGGAAGACGCCGUGGAAGAUCUAGCAAAGGGCCCGUCGUCGCCCGGCGGCGCCUCGGACACGUCGAUCACGCAGGACGAGAUCGAUCGCAUCGAGGCCAUGUGUCACAACCACAUGCACAUUGGCAACUUGCGAGCGCUGCUGCGGAAGCUGAACGUAUCAUACACGGUGCUUGGGGAUAGAAGCAACCAGCUCCAGUUACUCGAUAAAUGUUAUGCCAUGGACAACAAGUUGUAUGGCCGAGAUCCGGAGGAGAUAAGCUUGUGCAUGUGCAACCUGGCCCAAUGCUAUGCGGCGCUCGGGGCGUAUUCGAAGAAACGGAAACUGUUAGAAAAGGCUUUGGUCAUGCAGGAAAAGCUAUUUGGAAGGCAUUCGCCCGUCUUGGCACCGUUAUGCAUGGACAUUGCGCAGUGCUGCGAAAAACUUGAUGAUCAAGAGAGGAGGCGCACGCUCGUCGAGAAGGCCCGGGACAUCUGGACGAAGGAAUACGGGCCGGACGACGCCAACGUCGCCUGGUGCGCGUCCAUCCUGGCGGAGUUCCCGGAACGGGAAGAACACGCGGAAAUCGAUCCCGAGGCGGCCUACUGGGCCCACGAGCGGGAGCGGCUGCGGGCGUCGGGGGUGUGUGCCAUAACGUGA